AGAAACCCUCACUCUUUGACUGCUUUGCUUCAAUGGCGCUUGAGAAACUGACGGAGUACGAGCGCAAGCGACUCGAGAAUAUUAAGCGAAAUGACGAGAUGAUGGCCGCUCUCAGGAUCCAUUCCAAAGCAGCCGAACUAUCCGCCGCUACCAAUCGGAAAAGAGUUUCCAAAUCGUAUAAAUCAAGUCCGGAGAAGAAACCUAAAAGCGACAACCCAGUAAUUAUUAAGCGGUCUUUGCGUACAAGAGGUAUGCCGCCGGAUUCUGAUGGUUUAAGCGACGAAUUGCUCGAAUCCGUCGAUAAAGCCCGCAAAUCUCGCAGUCCGGAAAAACCAUCUCCUAAAAUUAUGGGUCCACUUAGCAUGAUGGAUGCCUGCAGUGAAACAGGGACCAACAAGAAGUUUAUCGACACAGUUCUGUGUUUUGCGAAAAAAAGCCGAUUCGAUUUUUCAGCGGAAGAAGAGAAAUCUCAAUUUGUUGUUAUGGUCAAAGAAAGAAAACCGCAAUUGGGUGCUUCAGCCGAAGAACAGUCGCUGCAAUUGGGUGCUUUAAAGGAAGAAGAGAAACCGGAAUUGGAUGUUUCCGUGAAAGAAAAAGUUGCUUGUAGUAGACCUUCAACCCGAGAAAUGAAUGAUUUGAGGGAAGAAACGGAUGAAAAGGAAGUAAAUCCUUCUUUGAUAUUCACCAGUUGCUAUGAUGGGUUUAUCCGGUUAAUGGAUGCUGAGAAGGAGGUAUUUGAGCUAGUACAUGUCAGUGAGCAGACUAUAUACUCUCUCUCUCAACGACCAAGUGAUGCGAAGAGUCUAUACUUUGGCGAGGGGCCGGGAAGUUUGAACAUCUGGGAUCUCAGAACAGGAAGGUCCUCGGCCAAUUGGGAAUUGCACGAUGGCAGGAUCAAUUCUAUAGAUUUUAACUCACAGAACCCAUAUAUCAUGGCUACUAGUUCCUCAAAUGGGACUGCUUGCAUUUGGGACUUGAGGAGUAUGAAUUCAGUUAAUCCCAAAACAUUGAGGAGAGUGGAUCAUGAAAGAGCUGUGCAUUCUGCGUACUUCUCGCCUUCUGGAAGCUCCCUUGCAACAACGAGUUUUGACAACAAGAUUGGUAUUUUGAGUGGCAUUAAUUUCGGUGAUACUUCUAUGAUAUAUCAUCACAAUCAGACAGGGAGAUGGAUUUCUUCUUUCAAGUAAGCAUUGUGCCAAUGUAUAUGUAUUUUGAUGUGGAUUGUUCUUCAGAAUAUAUUCCUGUUCUCCUUGCUACAUUUUGAUACUAGUUCAUACUUUGGGAUUGUUUAAUUUCUGGGUCACUUCCCGUGAGUUGAGAACUACUUCUGAUAUCUGUUUUCAACCAUCACAUAUGUUUUCUAUACGACCGAGCUAUCAGUGAUAGAAAUAUUUAUCAGUCUUCUUAAUU